GCCCGGCCCGGCCCAGCGCGGGCAAACGGCGGCACCAUGAUGGCGCAGCGGGCGCUCCCCAACCCCUACGCCGACUACGAUAAGUCCUUGGCUACCAGCUACUUCGAUGCCGCCGGGAGGCUGACCCCCGAGUUCACGCAGCGGCUCAACAACAAGAUCCGGGAGCUGCUGCAGCAGAUGGAGAGGGGCCUCAAGGCUGCCGACCCGCAGGACUGCACGGCCUACACCGGCUGGGCAGGCAUUGCUUUGCUGUAUUUGCACCUGUAUGAGGUGUAUGGAGACCCAGCCUAUCUUCAGGUGGCCCACGAGUACGUGAAGAAGAGCCUGAGCUGCCUGACACGACGAUCUAUCACUUUCCUGUGUGGAGAUGCUGGGCCCCUGGCAGUGGCUGCUGUUGUCUACCACAAACUGCAGAGCCAGAAGCAGUCAGAAGACUGCAUCACCCGUUUGCUCCAUCUACAGAAGCUUGACUCGCGAGUGCCAGACGAGCUGCUGUACGGGCGCCUGGGCUACCUCUAUGCACUGGUAUUUGUGAACAAGCACUUUGGAGAGGAAAAGAUCCCUCAAAGUCACAUUCAACAGGUCUGUGAAGCUGUUGUGGCCUCAGGAGAGAGCUUGGCCAAAAGGAGGAACUUUACUGCAAAGAGCCCACUGAUGUACGAGUGGUACCAGGAGUACUACGUAGGGGCAGCCCAUGGUUUGGCUGGGAUUUACUAUUUUCUCAUGCAGCCUGGCCUUGGAGUGAGUCAAGUAAAACUUCACAACACAGUCAAGCCCAGCGUGGACUAUGUCUGCCAGCUCAAGUUCCCAUCUGGCAAUUACCCUCCAUGCAUUGAUGACACCAGAGACCUACUUGUCCACUGGUGCCAUGGGGCACCAGGUGUUAUCUACAUGCUUAUCCAGGCUUACAAGGUCUUUGGGGAACAGCAGUACCUAAGUGAUGCCCUGCAGUGUGCAGAAGUGAUCUGGCAGCACGGGUUGCUGAAGAAAGGCUACGGGCUGUGCCACGGGGCAGCUGGCAAUGCUUAUGGCUUCCUAGCACUGUACAACCUCACUCAGAAUAUGAAAUACCUGUACAGGGCUUGCAAGUUUGCAGAGUGGUGUUUAAGUUAUGGUCAACACGGAUGCCGGACUCCAGACACACCCUUCUCUCUCUUUGAAGGAAUGGCUGGAACCAUUUACUUUCUUGCAGACCUGCUGGUGCCAACCAAGGCCAAGUUCCCUGCGUUUGAACUCUAAUUCUGAGCUUAGCACUUUCCUGCUGAAUCCAUCCACACCUAGAAAAGCAGGUCAAGGCUGCUUUCUCCUUCUUCCAGACUCAUCAUUGUUCACCUAACUGAACAUCAACCCAUCCUCCUGAGGGCAUGCUGAGUUCUCUAAUGCUUCUGGUCAUCUCAUUGCAUUGUUUCAAUUGAAAAGACAGAAGGCAGGUUUUACUGAUGUCUCUUACAAUUGCAGGGCUGCAGGUGGGAGCAGGGAGAAAAUGUACAGUAUUUUAUUGGGUCUAGAGUUUUGCUAUUUUCUGUAUCCCAUUUCCUGGGAGAAAGUUUUCUGUUGAAUGUAACUCCAGCCAUUUAUAUUUUUUUGUGCUGACAAAUAGUUGCAGGAAUUUAAUUGCCUUUGAAAAACAGAACAUGAAAAUCUGAGACUGCAAGUUGCAAGCUCCUUUUAAGUGUUUUCUUUCUGAGCACCCAGGGAGCAGGCAGUUCAGGAACUGGGCUGCUCCAACUGAAGUUAAUGUGAUGGACUGUGGAGUCUUGAUACAUGUUUUCUUAAAUGUCACAGUGCAAGUGGUACAGCUGGAACUUCCAUGAUAAAGCCUUGUCCUGAACUUCCUCCUGUCUGCUUUAAAGGCAAAGGCUAAGUAUAGCUCUUCUGUGACAGACUAGUAAUCCAUUAGCUUUUGUGCUUAUUUGACAUCUUAAGCUAAACAUUGCAAAAAUCCAUCAAUUUAAUGGAAAACUCCCAUCUAAAAGUGAGCUAAGCAUGCUUGUUGGUAUGGAUGCUUCUGCUUAGUUUUGAAAGUGUAUUUUGCAUUCUUUAUUUAAAAUUGUGUAUGACUACUAUAGGUGUUAGGUGGUGCUGGGCCCACCAGCAGCAGCAUGGGAAAUGUAUUCCACUGAGUUCUGUCAGUGUUCAACCUAUUACCUGUAUAGAUUUGGUUUACAUGCUUUGUUUUACAAGCUUUCCUGAACCUGGAUAAUUUCAGUCACUUAUUUGCCUCAUUACUGCUUAUUCUGCUUGGAUAUACAACCACACAUCCAACCAACUGGAAAAUCUGCCCUAGCUUAAGUAGUGGUGACUGUCAAGCAGACCUGGUACUUGCAAGUGGUAAACCUGCUUUUCUGUCCUUAGCUGAUGCUACACUCAUGUGCAGCAGCUCAGGACCUAACCCUUGCAAACCACUCUCUCAGCACUGAGCACAAGCUACACACAGCACAGUGAAGGUCACUGAUGCAGCUCUUUGUGCUGUUUAAGGGCAGCUCCUCAGCCUGUGCCAGAGUCAGUGUGGGUUUUGAUCUUUUAAGGGCCCAGUUCCUGAGUGCCUCAGGCCACCUGAGAUCAGGCAGGCAGGCAGCUGCCUGCUUCCAAGCUGGCACACCCUGCACCGGCAACAGUGAAGCAGGAGGCCCAAUCCUGGCACACCAACCCAGCAAGCUCACAUGUGCCUGAGCACAAGGCAGCCUAACCACAGCUGCACGGGCUGCUCCUGCAAGGAGUAGAAACCAUUCCUGCAAGGCUGGCUGUUUCCUCAAAGCCCAGCCUCCCUCUGCCAUCACACCUUCAUCAAGAGACAGCCCAAAGCACAGAGAAACUCACCUGCUUUAGGCUGGGCAUCCCCAUCAGAAGCCUCAAGCUCACAUGGACUCAGCAGUGGUCAGUCCUUAUCAUUCACAGGGCCUAAACAGCACAGGGAGGUGACUGGAAAGGAGGACCCUUGAGAGCAGAAUUUGGCUACAUUUAACAGCAUCCUGCAGUACAUGGGGCCUGCUCCCAGUGUGGCUAGUGUAAUGGCAGCACAGGGACACUGCUCUGAGCCUGGGCUUCUCCUGGCACUUCUUGUGUAAAGGAGAUGGUUCCUGCCAGAUACCAUGGCAGCACUAUCCCAGGGUUCAUACACCAAUCUGCAUCUGCUGAGGGAGCACUGUUUAAUAAAAAUGCUGAAACGA